UAAUCGAAACUGUACAACAUACACUGGAGAAAUGUGAAAUAGCUUCAAGCAUAGACACAUAAAAAUAAAAUUGUUAAGACCUGAUGUUUCGGUAAACACGGCUCGUCCCAUUAUCCCGACGAAGACGUCCAGCACGUAUUGCCGUUGUGCUAAGUGAGCGUUCUUUAAAUAAUUGCAAUUCAACUGCACAACGCCGGAUUGUGGGUAUCGUCGUCACUUUGCUGUAAACGACGCAUCAUAGCAGCCUUCGUUAUUCGCUGUUGCAUUCGUUCAAGUUCAGUUUACGAAGAGUGAAAGCUUGCUGGUUCCGGAAAGGUGAAAUUUUAUUUGAUUUCCAUCAUUAGCAGGAUUUGGAGCUACCAAAAACGGGCAGAUAGCUUGGGCAAUUUAUUGAGCGUGUCACUCGGCCGAAGAAGGCUGCUAAACAUUUUGGGGCACGAUCCAGCCCGCGUGCGCAAAACCGGCGUAGGCCCUGACGUAGUUUGAUUGAACGCUCUGUAUCUCAUCGUCGUCGUCGGCGCACCCCUUCCAAAAACCCCGGAGACUUCGGUUGGCGGUAAGCGCCGAAGCGGUGGCGGCAAUCGGAAACGACCGGACGAUCGUGCGUCGUGGGGCGCCAGUCGGUUUCGAGUGUGCUAGUUCUUACUGAUCCAUGGCUGUAGAUAGAACGUGUGAGAAGAGAACGACAUACGGUGAAUACGGCGUGGCCUAAGCGCAUCCACAGCAAGCGGGACGGUUGUGGACGGACGUGUCGCAGGAAGUGGCAACGAUACAUUUAUAUAUAUAUAAAUGUAUUUAUGCUAUCGCGAUUCGUAGCAUUGAUUAGCAGUAUCUGUUAGGAAGUCGUCCAGUGCGGAUCGGGGAGUAUACGUCGUGACAACAGGGUGCAAUCAGUGUGCAUCCCGAAUUCGUCCAUCAACAAAAUAUACGCAAUCGUUGCGUUGCGUGUGCCUGCAAGCCGGUGGACAAGGUGUUUAAGCAUUGCAGCUGUAGGGACAAGUUUUGCGCACCAUUACACCUUGAGAGAACCAAGUGGCAAGCAGCGCCUCGCUGGAGUGUGUAGUUGCUUAUCUUGCGUGGCGAACAACUUUGUUCCGGUGAUAUAAAUAUCUACCGAAGGGUGGUAGUGUGCAAGAAAACCCACCUCGUAUAGGUGGAAGUGAAAACUAACCGAGAAGGCUCAGUUGUGCGCCCGCCAGCAGUGUAGUUACUCGUGCAUUAUUGGAGCUAGUGUCUCGUGAGUCCCUCCGCCAGUUCUCAAAGCCACAAUCUCCAAGAGUCAACACAGAACAGCUUGCCACUUGCCAAGAUGAGUAUGAGUUCGUACACCGAGAGCAGCUCGGAGGAGGAUGAUCUGUCACCGCGCGAUAAGGUGCAGCAAAACUCCAAGGGCUACGCAGACUUCUGCGUCCGUAACAUCAAGCAGCAUUCGUUCGGUCGGCAUGAGAUCGAGAUCGCGGAGCAGGAGAUGCCGGGCAUUAUGGCACUGCGCAAGCAGGCCCUCGACGACAAACCGCUCAAGGGUGCGAACAUCGUCGGCUGUACGCACGUGAACGCGCAAACGGCCGUGCUGAUCGAGACGCUGAUUUGCCUCGGUGCCAACGUUAGAUGGGCGGCGUGCAACAUUUACUCGACGCAGAAUGAGGUGGCGGCAGCACUGGCGGAAAGUGGAGUCCCGAUUUUUGCCUGGCGUGGCGAAAUCGAGGAAGAUUUCUGGUGGUGUAUCGAUAAGUGUGUACACGCGGAAAACUGGCAGCCCAACAUGAUACUGGACGAUGGUGGCGAUGCAACGCACCUGAUGCUGAAGAAGUACCCGGUAAUGUUCAAGAUGAUUAAGGGUAUUGUGGAUGAGAGUGUGACGGGCGUGCACCGGCUGUAUCAGCUGUCGAAGACAAGCAAACUGACCGUGCCGGCGAUGAACGUGAAGGAUGCGAUCACGAAGACCAAGUUUGAUAGUCUUUACAGCUGCAAGGAAUCGGUUAUUGACAGCCUGAAACGUGCCACGGACAUUAUGAUCGGCGGCAAGCAAAUUGUGCUGUGUGGGUACGGUGAGGUCGGCAAGGGUUGUGCCCAAGCAUUGAAGGGUCUCGGAUGCAUCGUGUACGUGACGGAGAUCGAUCCGAUCUGCGCGCUGCAGGCGUGCAUGGACGGGUUCCGUGUGGUGAAGCUGAACGAGGUGAUCCGCACGGUGGAUGUGGUCAUCACGUGCACCGGCAACAAGAAUGUGGUGACGCGCGAACAUAUGGACAAGAUGAAGAACGGCUGUAUCGUGUGCAAUAUGGGCCACUCGAACACGGAAAUCGACGUGAACAGUCUGCGCACGUCCGAGCUGCAGUGGGAAAAGAUGCGCUCCCAGGUCGAUCACAUUAUCUGGCCCGGUCCGGACGGCAAGCGCAUCAUACUGUUGGCCGAGGGCCGGCUGGUGAAUCUGUCCUGCUCCAGCAUCUCGUCAUUCGUGGCUUCUAUUUCGGCCACUACGCAGGCACUGGCGCUUAUCGAGCUGUUCAAUGCACCACCCGGACGUUACAAGGCGGACGUGUAUCUGUUGCCGAAGAAAAUGGACGAGUACGUCGCAAGUCUGCAUCUCCAGACGCUCGAUGCACAUCUGACGGAAUUGACCGACGAACAGGCACGGUACAUGGGCCUCAACAAAGCCGGUCCAUUCAAGCCGAACUACUACAGGUAUUAGUAUAGCAAGUGCGCUUCGUUUCCGGACCCGGUCGCACUGGUGCGAUGUUUCACUUUAGUCGUACUUGUUACGUCCGUUUUGAGUUAGCAUUCGGUUUUGUUUUGGUACACCGUGACAAAAGGCGCAAACAUUAUUGGGCGUAGUGCACUUUAGGAAAAAUUGUAGAGCAAAAACCAGUGCCGGGAAAUCAAGCAAGCAAUUUUAUUUUAAUUGAUUCAAAACAAAGCAAAACAAAACAAAAAAAAACCGAACCAGAAUCCGGAUACGCAGUUAGUGGGAAGAACAAACGCAUUAGAACAAAGCGAAUUUAUGUAGAGUGAAAGAAGCAAACGACAUCACUUUCGGUACGUUCCGGCUUUUACGGGAGCCACACAAAAUCUACUUAUUGAUGCCCAACAAAUUAUACCAAUGUAAUGAUAGUAAAAAAAAAACAAAACUAGAGCUAUACAGCGGCAAAAACGAAACACACACACAAUGCGAAGCGAAGAAAUAAUACACAAAACAAACACCUUCUAGCAUUUUUGGGUGAUAGAUUAGAAUGGUUUACACAAAUGCGAAGGAAGGAAGAGGAAUUAGGAACUGCAUGCGGAGGUGGAUAAAUGAUUAAUGUGCUCAAUGAAACACGUACGAAAAUGAUUCUGAUACGAGCAGAAUCCCUAUAUACGGCUUCUUCUAUCGGGGGGAUUUGUAGGGUGCAGUUUUAAGUAAGUGGUAGGAACCUCCUCUUGCACACGAGCGCAAUGUUAAGAGUGAUAAUAGGGAGUUGAGUCAAGUUCUUCCUUUGCGCUGUAGAAACAAAAGCAUAAAACGAAUUUCUUCCGCCGCUUACACACCACAACCAACAGACAAUGAAUCUAGUCUGUACACGCAAACGGGAGGAGGUAGCCGUUCCUUCUCGUACUCUGCUUUGCGUAACGACCUACUGGGUGAGGUCUGCCUAAAUCCACAACCCUCUGGUGUAGGUUUUUUUGUGUUAGGCCGCAAUGUUAAGCUCCCAAUAAGCGAUCAUUUGGGGGUAGUGUGUUCUGUUGAAUAUUCUUGUUAUAAUGAGCCGGUAUUGAGUGUGGGGAUGACCCUACAUGAAAAUAGUGGUAAUCAUUUCAGUACACUAUCAACAAAAACCCUCACGGAGAAGCUUGCACUGUGGGAAAGCAUUUUCAGGGUACAAAAACCAAUCAUCCGGUGAUUGAUUUUUUGCUGUUGAAUCUGUUUUUCCCCCCCGUCUCAACUUUAUCACUGUCGCGUACGCACAGUUGUAUGAAAGUUGUGUGUGUUUGUUUUUUUCUUAUUCUCCACUGAAAAUUAAUUGUCAAUUAACAAACAAAUCAAUGAAUGAAGAACGGGGUAAUUGGUUGGGAAUUCAACGCUUGUUUCCCGGUGAUUGUUACGGGCGUAGUUUAAAUCCGCUGUGUCCCGCCUAGUGUGAUCGUGUGUGAGGUUAAAGUGUUUUUUUUUUCGUUUUGCUUAGAGACUUAACAAUUUGUGUCUUCAUUCAUUCUCUUUAGGGAGCGCUUAACCCCGCAAAUAUUGCGUACUUUUAGGUUUAUAUGACAAAAAAAAGAAUCGUUUUACACUAUUGACGCAAUUUUAAUGUUAACAAUUUUUUUUGUUACUCCUUUGGGGAGAAACCAAUUUUUUUUUCGUGUUGUGGUGCAAUAAUUGAAUUAUAAGGUUUUAUUUUUUUUGGUAACAGCGUUAAUGAACGAGCUAAAACGGGAUAAUAAGAAGCGAGAAGAACAUUUGUAAAAAAAGAAAACAUAUUUUUUCAAUAAGCGAGAAACAAAUAGAAGAAAACAACAAAAAAAAUCAUGAAGAGAUAGACUUAUCCCUAAGGGAUGAGAUGUGAAUCCCACGCUAAAUCACGACGUAUGUGGCUGUAAGAUGAACAAAACAGAGUGAAGCAAACUAGAGCGAAAAAAAAGCAGAUAGAAAACCCACUUAUGAAGUAGUAAAGUAGUGCGCGGUGAGCUCAAUCGAUCGAUAAAUCGAUGGAUUUGUGGAACAAUUAUUAGAGCAAACAAAAAAAAAAAAGAAAAAGAAAAGGAAUAAAACGAUGUAACUGGGCUGCCCUAUGCCAAUAGAAGAAGAAAAAUAGAUGUGCGCAGCCUGUGACACGUCAUGUAAGUGACUACGGUACGGCCAACCCGUAAUGUCAGUUCCAUGGCCGUUUCUCAAGGGCCCAACAGGUAAUAUUGGCAAUGGCAGACCCAGACUGAGGAUGAGGUUUGGGGUUUGCGUGGCACUCAACCCAUGGAGCCCCGUUAUGUAACUAGCUAAUUGUAAGGUAUACACAGGACACGCUUCCCACUUUCUUUCCAAAAACCAACAGCUUACGUGGUUUCUUACGGUAUUAUUACAUUUACUUAGUAGCGUUAAUAGUUGAGCAGUUCGAUUUCCGGAAUGGGGAUAGCAUUUACUUUUUGUUUUGCACAAUUAGCUACGUUUUUGCGAACCUAACUAGUAACCCUUCCUUCCUUGUGCUUGAUAUUUUCCAAAACUCACCCUUAUUCCUUCCCCCUCCAAGAUCCGCAGUGCACUUGUUUAGAGUAGAAACGAAUUUCUAUCACCCCUUGUCCUACUAAACAACACAAAAAAGCCCCUUUUCCAACUAUAAUACAACCACACGACAGUAGUAGUGCAGCACGCACGCACGGUAAUAGUGCUUCGCGAUCAAUACUUUAAAUUGCAGUAAAGUUUAGCAAAGUUUUCCAACCCCCACCCCCCCACGCGGUUGAUUUUCUUUCGUGCGCUUUGGUUGUCGUUUCGUGGUACACCGGGGCGUGUAGGUUAUAUCAUUUCGACGCCGUACGUCGGAUAAAUUAAUGUUUUGUCCCCCGUUUUUUGAUGGCCACCCCCGUCAGAGUGCUCUCGCGCCAGUGUUGUGAUGUUGUCUAUUUGAGGGCGAGCGUUUCGGGGUGUACCACAAAACACAGAGGUACAGAGAGAGAGAGAAAAAAAACGAAGCAUACUUUUACGAACGAAACAUUAUAGCCUGUAUUAGUUGGAAAAACAACCACAGCAGCAUUGAAAGAAUUGGGGGCGAAAACACACACAAUAAAUGAGAAAAACGAAACGAAACAAAA